AUGCAAGAAAACAAGCUGUUGUCGGCUGUUUUAACUAUGAUCGAGGUGAAAGCUCGAUUGCUUCGUGGGUCGGUAUUUUUUGCUGGGGAAUGUAUAGAGUGUGAGAUUAUUUUCACGAAUACUGCAAGCAUUAAGGAAGGCAAGUGCAGCGAGACUAGUAAUCACGCGUUCAAUAAUGAAUGCAUGAAGGAGAACUCCGGAACGGACAGGCUAGCUUGGGCUAGCGCGCAGAUUCACUGUCAAUGUACCGUAAACGAAUCGCGCGUGAAACUUCCUUCGAGAACUGAUCGAAUGUCAGAUCAAUUCACUUUAAACUCGACUUCUUCUUGUACAAGCUUCGUUCCUUCGAGAGGUUAGAAAACAGUUGCGGCGUUGGUGUGAUUUAUUACUUGAUUUGGUUGGUAUACUAUCUACUAUCCGGUUCGUGACAGGCUGGUGGUGAAUUAUUGAUUUGAGUUAUUUCUUGUUAUUUCUCGAAGGUGAGGAAGGACGAUGUUUGAUGUCUACGCAGCCAAAGAUACUCUUCUGUGACUUGGAGCUUGCUCCUGGCGAAUCUAAAAAUUGUAAGUGUGGAUUUUUGGUUCAACUUUGUUUUAAGCAUAUAUCAUUACUUUCUAUAGAACUAUUAAAAAUAUAACAGACACUCACUGUUAAAAAAUAUAUGUGGGAUAUAAUGGUAAACAUCGGUAAUGCGCGCGUCCUUUAUCAAAACUAAUUAAGCCCCAAAGAAGUGUAUUGAUCGUUAAAGAUAUUUCUGUUUUUGGUUGUUUUGGCAGGAUCUUUACUUUUAAACAGUAUGUCAAAAAAAAUGCUCGGGAACAACAUGGUGAAAAUUUUGAUGAACGACGCUUUUAAUUGAAUUUAUUUGGCUCUUAGCCGGAUAAUGAAAGUUUCCUAAUUAACAGUAUUGUGUUUGCAUUCAUACCAGUUGUCAGUUGUCUGAUUGAAGUGCCUGAUAUUAUUAUUGGGUGUCAUUGAAAGUGUAAGCACAGUUUUUGUAUACAGUGAACAUGAAGAUUAGGGAAAAAUUUGUUUUAGACUGUUAUUUUUUUGUCGUGGAUGUCUUGAUCUUGAUGUCCCAAGUCUAGCCUUACACCUUUCAGUGAGUGAAACCUUCUUAAAUCAAGAGAGUUUCAAACCAGGUUCUGUUGAUUGUUUACUUUUAGUACCUCAGUUUUCCAGAAAAAUCAUUCCUCACUGUGUGAAAAAUUAGCUUAUUUUAUUGUAAUCAAAUCCAUCACAGAAAUUUUGAUUUUAACAUUAGAUAGAAAGAAAUGCAUUAAAUUCCUUCCGUAGAGUUGAAUGCUGUAAUGUGAGUGUUCUGGGUUAUGAACUGAGGGGUCAAUUACUGUGUUUGAUUUGGUAAGAGAAGCAAGCUUUGGUUUGAAUAAUAAUUUUAGACCAAAGGUUGUUAUCAAUAUUAUUAUCUCAGCUACUUAAAUUAGAGUUACAAAAAUCAAGCAGUUGGAUAGAUGGGACUCAAUGAAUUACAAUCAUUAAUUGAUUUUAUUAUCUAUGUACAUUUUGGAGGUCAUUCUUCUUGGCAUUAUCAGCUAAUCCCUCUCUGUCUCUCUCCCCAUUUCCCCUUUAGUCUUAUUACCCUUGCUGAAGGCUAUGUAUUGAAAUAAGUGGGCUUAAGAUAGAUGAACCUUGAUAUCCUAUUGCUAUGUUCUCGGAGAAACAGCUAGAAAUAGGAAAUCUGCACACAAGAUGGCCGAUCAACUCAAGAGCUCAUGGGUUUUACAGUAACCACAUACAUGCUGAGGGCUCAGUGUGAAUUACUGACCCUUUAACCCUUUAAGCACUAAUAGUGGUCAGUGUCAAAUUUCUCCUUGUUGUAUCAGUGCUUUAUAAAACAGAGUGGUCAAGACAAUUAAGAACGUGAUCACACAAGAUGAAUCUAAUAUUUUAUUGAUACUUCAACAAAUAAUUUCUCCCCACUACUUCUAUUGAAAACGUAUAGGUGGGAUAACAAAAUUAAUGAGAAUUUGAAUUUUGAUGUUAGAGUUAAAGGCCAAAUGUGAUGAUACACUAUGACACCUGACAACUAGAAGUUGAUCAUUUCUCUCUUUCAGUGGUAUAACUCACUCCAUAACGUUACGCUCCAGAAGUAAAAACAAAAGUUUUCAAUCUUAUUAUGCUAGACAGAAGCAUAUUUCUGUCAAGUUGAAGCAAAAACCAAACUUCUGUUAAUACCAUUCAUGAUUCUGGGAUGUGAGCAUUCUUGUUGCGUAAGCUUGUUAAAAAACUAAAAAGUUUUCAAUCGUAUCUCUAUAUUUGCUGUGGUUACACACUAGCUUUUUUUUCUUACUGAUUAGCUCUAUUGGAUAUAAAUAAAAAUUUCAUACUCAUCUUGUACAUUACACUUUAGAUUUUUAUAGUGACACAAUCCCAUUUGAUGGAGCCCCAUCUUACAAAGGACAUGCCGUUAAAUAUUCAUACAAGAUCACUGUUGGUACAAGCAGGGUUCAAGGACAUUCCGUCUUGCUGAGACUACCUUUUAGAAUAAUGGUGUUACAAGGUUUGUACAAAUCGCACUUUGCUAUUACUGUACAUGCAUAUAGACAUGUUUACAUGUACUGAAUACUAAAUCUCAGAGUAUUGAUUAUCUAGUCACUUUCUGUGAAGAAUUCAUUCAGUGGAAAAUUUCAGCUUAAUGCAUGAUAUGAAGUACCCUAAAAUCAAGAUGAGGGGAAAAACAACCCAUAUGUAUAUAACUAUUAUAGAUAUAUUCAGAAAAUACAACGUUUAAAAGAGGCCAGGAGCUACCAGGAGUGUUGCAUCUCGUCCCUGGAGAGGAUUCGGUGCCCAUUGCAGGGUACUGUACUUGGGACUAAAGAAAAUGUCCAUAAUUAGGGUCACUCAGGUGUUUCGAAGGUGUCUGAUGGUAUAGGUUGUAUUGUAUAUGUGCCUUUGAUUUGCGUAAUAUUUCUGAUUGACCUAACUUUUAUAUUGUACUAACAAAUAAAGGAUCUUAAGUCAUAUUGUUUUUGUCUUCAUUUUUUCAGGCCUGGGGGAACUUGAACAUUUUUUAAACAAAGAGGAAAAUUCACAUAAUCCAUUUUUAGAAAAUUCUUCUCCAAAGACAUCCUUGUUAGAUUUAGCAGUGGAAAUUUUAACAACAAUUACUUCUAGGAGAAAUCCCCGUAAGUAUGCAUUGCCUUUUAAACGUGAACUUUUACUAGUCAAAAAUUGCCGUGGGCAGAGUGGGAAAUUUUACACUUAUAGUUUAAUUUUUUACUCUGCUUCUUCCAGGGUCCUCUUGUAAAUCCUUUUACUCCUAAUAGUGCCCAUAGUAAACAAUUUGUAAAAAGAAAAAAAUCAAAUUUCAGAUUGUUCUACUGUUUAGAGGUGACUAGCACUAUGCAGAAGUUCUGCUAAAAAGGUUUCAUUUUAAUGGUAACAGCACAAGAUUUCAUGUGCAGAUUCCAUAAAGUAAUCUCACGUUUGCAUUUAAAUAUUAAACAUCAUAAUUAAGCAAACAAUUCAAUCUAAAUUGUGUCAGUUAGUUGGCAAUUUGCAAUGUGCGCAUGAAAUCAUUAUGUCAGGAUCAACAAGUAACCUCUGCCAAAAAUAAUAUUAUUCAUGCUGACUGUAUAGUAGAUGCCAUUCAACACAAAAAAAGGCAGUCAAACCUUUAUUACAUAAUGUGCCUAGCUGAAAAUGUUCUCUAUCAUUCACUAGAUACUAAAAAUAUGUUAUCUGAAAUGUGGUUAAUUUUUGCAGAUGUAUAUAAUAUUGUAAGUGAUAGAGGAACAGUAGGAAAAUUUUGUCUCUUCAAGUCUGCAUACCGGAUUGGUGAAGAAAUUGUAGGAUCUUUUGACUUUUCUGAUUCUGUUAUUGUUUGCCAAAAGGUAUGUAAUAUAUUAUUUUGAUUUUUGUGGGUUUGCAGUCAUCAGGCUCCUCCCUAAGACAGAAACCUUGAGUCUGUCAUUGCCCUUUACUCAGCUUUGGCCAUUUUCUUUGGCUUUUUUUCCAAGAGGCAGAUGCCUGUCUUGCAUGAGGCCCUCAUAGGGGUUGGAGUACAUGUCCCGGGUCUGAAUUUCAAAUAAAGUCAUUUCACCUUUUGAGGAGUAGGCCAUGUUGCUGUCUGUAUGUAACCCAUCUUUAUGUCCUUUGUUGCCAUUUCAUCCAGUCUUAUGCAGGGUUGUCACUAAGAUUUCAAGUUGCCGGGUAAAUACAAUGAGCAGGCUGGGAAUCAAAAAGCUAGGGAUUUCUUUCAGUUCUAUUUUUCUUCUAUAUUUCAAUGAAAGCAGCCAGGGGCCACACUCGUAGUAGCCAGGGAAAAUCCCCAGGCCCCAGCCCUUAAUGACAGCCCUGCUUAUGUUGCUGUUUCAAGGCUGUGUCGCUUGUUGGAAAUUAACCCUAACAGGGCCUCUUGCAUGGACACUAUGGUGUUGUACUGUUCUUAAUGGUGUCUGUCGAAAAGAGAAGCUAACUGUGAAGUGUGGAUUAUAUAUCUAUUGUCUUAUCUACUUGUUUCCAAGAUUUUUUUCCCCUAAAUGGGCAAAGUGAGAUCUCACAUUAAAUUUUUUGUGCCUUUUGAUACAGAUUAUAUUAAAGGUACAUGUUUGUUGACCAAGCUCAUGAAUAUGAAAUCAGCUUAACAUGCAUUUAUUAGAAUUCAGUUAAACCUGUGAUAAAAUUAUAUAAAGAAAACUUAAUUAAGACUAUAAUAUUAUUGUUAUACUAGUUUUAUAAAUUGUUUUCCCAAGAAUUGGAUGGUAAUUGAUGUGUCUUCAUCUUGGAUUUCAUUAGCCCACCUUGAGAGCUACUGUCCUGUUCUUUUCACAAAAAGUAAUAGUUUUUAGAUGCACAAGAGUAGUUUUUUCAUGGGCAAAUUGCAGGAUAAAUGCAGAGUUGUUAACAGCAAAAUUACCUGUAUAGUGCAGUGCACCUGUUAUAUUACUCACAUGCCUUUUUUGUAACAAUUAUUAAAGUUUUAAUUUUGUCUAUUUUUUACUAACAAAAUGCUUUUUUUAGUUUUCAGUAGUUCUUCAAAGUGAGGAGCAUAUUCCUGAAGACUCUCGCAAUCCUUCUAGACCAGAAUCAUCUGACGUGACAUACUCAUCUUUCACUAGUAUUCAAGAAAGCUGUUUGCAUACCAAGAAAACUCAUUUGGUGUUACCAAUACCUUUUACUGCAUGUCCAGAGUUUGUAUCAGAUUUAGGUAAUACCACUUGGAAUGUUAGCCUUUCCACAUUCUUUAAAAUAUGUGAAAAUAAAUAAUAAUAUUAUUUCUCCGUAAUUGCACUACAUAGUACUAUCAAGGCUGUGCUCUAAAAGAAAUUGAAGGGAGCCCAGCAUUGCUCUGAACCUGUGAAAUUCAGGGUGCGCAGCAUAUGAUUUCCAUGAAAAAACUAAAUUUUCUAGUGGCCUGGGAGCAAAAAUUAGGUACCAGUGGCCAGCAGGCGCUGCCACAGCACAGCUUUGGCUAUUCUAUUUGAAGGUUUCAAAUGAAGCCAAUAAAAAGAGAUGCUGACUAUCCAAAAAUGCUCUCUGAAUAAGAGGAAAUAUGCAUUCAGUUAGUGUAGGUCCAGGCAUGGGCAGACACAUGCACGAGAGCACUUCAUAAUUCAAUAUAUCCCCACAAUAGACAACUAGAUUUUCUCUUAAAGUUGUUGUGUUUGCUCAAGUAAAAUAAAGUCGAUAGUUUCAGACUUUUCUAGAACAUGGCUACAGGCAUUUCCUGGUUCCAAAAACUUAAUGCAAAGAAAGAGGUUUUGAUUAGGUAAUUACUGGCAAAUUUGCCAAUCUCCAGCUACUGUUAAAACCUCUAUUAUUGACACUGAUUGUGACAACAUUGUGAAACCCUCACGUCAUGUCCUUAAUCUUUGUGUGACUGUUGUAGUUUGUUUUAGGUAAUUUUUAUUUUUCCAUUGUUUUUGGGUAUGGUAAUGUAUACUAAUGAAUUUUAAACAAAGGAAAAACAAAAAUUAACUGAAAUAAAAAAUUAUCUGCAACAUAUCUAUUAUUAUUAUUAUUUAUUUGUUUAUUUAUUUUUUGCAGUAUGUUUAAGGUGGAGACUUCAUUUCGAAUUUGUACUUGCAUCAACACCACUACCAGCUGGAGCUAGUCCUGUGCAACUUACAAGUCGUUAUACGGACAUUGCGACAUGGCAGGGUCCAGCUGAUGUUGAUGUGGAAACCAUGACUUGGGAUCUACCGAUCAAAAUUCUGCCGACAAAUCCACUGCAUGCCUCAUCUAUCUCAACAAGCAGGACAAGAAACACUGUAGUUUUUUGA